CAGAGACCGCCCGCAGCAGAGCUUCCUAACCAUGGCCCAGUGCACUGGCAAAGGCUGAGCCCUCCAGAAAAGGGGAGGCGAAGGCCACAGCUUCCAGGCUCUGUUUCUAGGUUGUCUAAUUGGGGUCUGGAGUCUCUCCCACAUGAGCUUCCAAGUCAGAGAAAUGCUGCUGGAAGCUGGGGUGGCCUGGAGCACAUGGAAAGGUCACUACUUUGCCAAGGAGUUGAAUAUCACCGUGCAGCACAGCCCCAGCCCCUCAGCCACCAUGGUGGGCCUGAAGCCCCCAGAGGUGCCCCCGACGGCCGCCAUGAAGUUUGUCAGUGCGGGGAUGGCCGGCUGCGUCGCUGACCUGUGCACUUUUCCCCUGGACACUGCCAAAGUGCGGCUACAGAUCCAGGGCGAGGUGAGGACCCCCCGGACCGUCAGCUCCGUGGAGUACCGGGGUGUUCUGGGGACGCUGAGCACCAUGGUGAGGACAGAGGGAGCCCGUAGUCUCUACAGUGGGCUGGCAGCCGGGCUGCAGCGCCAGAUGAGCUUCGCCUCCAUCCGCAUCGGGCUGUACGACUCUGUGAAGCAGCUCUACACCCCCAAGGGGGCUGAGAACACAGGCAUGGCCACGCGACUCCUGGCUGGCUGCACCACGGGGGCUGUGGCCGUGGCCUGUGCCCAGCCCACCGACGUGGUCAAGGUGCGGUUCCAGGCCAGCGGGGCCCAGUCCGACAGUGCCCGGCGGUACAGCGGCACGGUGGACGCCUAUCGCACCAUCGCCAGGGAGGAGGGCAUCCGCGGACUCUGGAGAGGAACGCUGCCCAACAUCGCCCGCAAUGCCAUCAUCAACUGUGGGGAGCUUGUCACCUACGACCUCCUCAAGGAUGCGCUGCUGCGGGCACAGCUCAUGACAGACAAUGUCCCGUGCCACUUUGUGGCUGCCUUUGGCGCCGGGUUCUGUGCCACAGUGGUGGCAUCACCGGUGGACGUGGUGAAGACGCGGUACAUGAACGCCAGGCCCGGGCAGUACCGCAGUGCCCUGAGCUGCCUCCUGGCCCUGCUCGUGCAGGACGGCCCCGCCGGCCUCUACAAGGGCUUCGUUCCGUCCUUCCUUCGGCUGGGCUCCUGGAACGUGGUGAUGUUUGUGUCCUACGAGCAGCUGCAGCGUGCCAUGGCGCUGGCGCGGCCGGCCCUGGCCUGAGCCCUGCGGCGCCUCUCGCCGGCCCAUCGAGGCUCAGCAUCAAUUAUAUUAAUUGGCAAAGUGCCAGGGAGCGGCGAGGCCACGCGCCUGGGGAGACACCGACGAGACAGAGCAAGAUGGGACACUGUUGGAGGAGAAACGUGGGAGAACGGAGGGUUUCAGGGAAGAGAUUUAAGGGAUGAAGGAAAAAACGUUUGUUGGCUUUCCAGCCGGGAAGAACAGCACUUCCCAAGGGCAGUGGUGUGGGCAGGCGGGACCAAGCUGAGGGCCAGGGAAUUCCCGGUAUUCCUUACUGGCGCUUCCAAUAAAUUGCCCCUAUGGGGUCUGAUCACAGCGUG